GGCUGUGUUCACUUCUGAUUGGGAGCAGCAAAAUGGAAUGCCAUUUUAUUAUAUAAUCCUUUUGCACCCCUUUCUCUUGAACCUUCUUCCCAACACCCAUCUCAUCUCUCUAUCUCUCUAUCCCCACCAUCACCAUUCACCACCAAACCCACUUCCAAGGAUAAACCCAAUAACAUCAAAUUCCUCUCUUUUUAUUAUUUAUAAUUAGAAAAAAGUGAAGCUAUUGAGGAACAGGAACAUAGGAACCGGUUGCCGUUAGAUUCCAUGACUUUUUGAUGCUUAUGUGAUUCAAACCACACAACUUAUCUUUUCAUUACUUCCAUUCCUUCACACCCCUCUUUUGUUUUUUUUUUUUUAAUUUUUAUAUUAAAUUUUACUGUUCCUUUUUUUGUUUUUUGGUUUCUCCAUGUUCCCUUUCUUGAUCUCUUGCUGAUUUUGAGGCACCAUACUUCACAGUUCAUAGUUCUAACUUCUAAGUAACUCUCAAGAAUUGGGCUGAAAGCGAGAAUUGUGAGAAGUUUUGUGUGAUCUGAGGAGUUGGGUGUGAAGAAAAUCAUCAAAAGAUUCAAGCUUUGAAGCUGAAAAAUGGAGUCAGAUCUUCACCGGCACCCUCCCAUGUUCCUGGAUCACCACCACCACCACCACCACCACCACCAUCACCAGCAGAUGAACACCACCACCACCAACAAUAACAACAAUUCUUCGGGCCUAACAAGGUUCCGAUCGGCACCAAGUUCGUAUUUUUCCAGCAUCAUUGACAAGGAAUUCUACGAAAGCAUCUUCAACAAACCUUCAAGCCCAGAAACAGAGAAAAUCCUCGCACGCUUCAUGAAUAGCCUUGCAAAUGAUGAACCUGAAGAUGAUUCAUUACUUGGAGUAGCAGCUGCUACUUCUACUACUACUACUAAUAAUAAAAAUCUGUCACCGUCACCACAACCGCCACAACAAGUAGUUCAGCAAAUCUCUCAAGUGAAGGAAGAAGAGAUUAGUAUUAAUACCAUUAAUACCAAUAAUACCCUUCAGCCUCAGCCUUUGCCUUCUUCAAUGAAUAAUGAAUCAUUGGUGCAGCAACCACAACAGCAGAUGAAUAGUAUGAGUAACAAUAAUUAUGGAUCUUUGAGUGCUAAUAAUCCUCCAACUCAGAGUUUUUAUCAAAGUUCAGGAAGACCACCUCUGCCGAAUCAGAUGAAAACUGGUCGUGGAAAUGCUUCGAAUCUUAUUAGGCAUGGUAGUUCACCUGCUGGACUCUUUUCAAACCUGAACCUUGAAGGCUAUGCUGCUUUAAGAGGCAUGGGAACUAUGGGAGCUGCUGCUAGCAACACUAGUGAGGAUGCAAAUUUUUCUCCGGUGGCGAGGUUGAAGAAUCCACCAACCUUUUCAUCCUCAGGACUAAUGACUCCAAUAGCUGAAAUCAGGAGCACAUCCAAUACACUAAACAAUCCAGAGAGUGCUGAAGCCUUUGCAGAAAGCCAGAGCAGCGAUUUUAUGUCGGGUUUACCCGUUGGUUCUUGGGACGAUUCUUCUUCUUCGAUGAUGUCCGACAACAUUGCUGGUCGGAAAAGGUUCAGAGACGAAGAUGUGAAACCAUUUGCCGGGGUGAAUGCGGCCGACACUCAGGUUAAGACCGAAGCAGGCCAGGCUCCUGGUACUCCAUUGGCUCACCAGUUGAGUAUGCCAAACACAUCAUCGGAAAUAGCAGCCAUUGAGAAGUUUCUCCAGUGCUCGGAUUCUGUGGUGUGCAAGAUUCGUGCCAAGCGGGGCUGUGCUACUCAUCCAAGAAGCAUUGCAGAGAGGGUUAGAAGAACUAAAAUUAGUGAGAGAAUGAGGAAACUACAGGAUCUGGUCCCUAACAUGGACAAGCAAACAAACACGGCAGACAUGUUGGACUUGGCUGUUGAUUACAUCAAAGAACUUCAAAACCAAGUUGAGACUCUUUCGGAAAGUCAAGCCAAGUGUACCUGUGCACACAAGAAGCAGCAAUAACGAGAAGAGAGAAGAGAAGAGAAGAGGGAAGGAAUAGUGAGAUAUGUGAGACACAAUCUCUGUACAGAUUUGUAAUAAUUUGGCCUAAACAAAAUCAUGAUAAGAGAGCACCUUUCUCUCUUAUUACAACUAAGAGUUCACAUUUGAGGCUCCAAAUUUUAUGAUGAUGAUGAUAAUGCCACAUAAGCAAAAUCCAAAGGGAAAUUUGUGUUUUGGGGGAUUGAGAUUACAUGCAUGAUGAUGCAUCUUCAUUAUCGUGGGACCAAUGAAUGCAGGAACGUCAAGAUCGGGUGUUCAUUGGCAUGGGCAUGGCAGGCAUGCAUGCAUGCAUGGGGGGACCAACUUCGCAUCACAUGACAUGGUUUCCAUCAUACACUUACUUGUAAUGAGAGGGGUUUUUUAUUUUCUUAUUUGUUUUUCUUUUCUAAGGAGAAAAAAUUAUAUAGAUGGCCCUCCCUUUUCUAUCGUCAACAUAUUAAUAUGUUUGAAUAUUUAGGUUGACAUAUUUUAGAUUAUUAUAACUUAGUUUAAUGUAAUAAAUAUGGUUUAGUCUGUUUCGACAUGUUUGAUAGAUUUAUGUUAUGUUAUGUAUGUUCCAAGA